GCCAGGGUAAAGAUUUAUAUGCUGCUUAUCUGUGCUUACGCAUUUAAUACGCACAUCAUCAUCUAUGAAUAUCAAUAGAAUUCUAUUGCCUCAAAACCUAAAAGAUUCCAAUAAGCUGAAGAUGCCAGUCUGCAUGGAUUGCUUGCUCCUACAGUUACUCCUGAUGCUGCAUAUGUUCAUGUUAUCAUCCUAUUUUAUAUGACCUCAGAGUUUACAAGUUUUUGACAACUAGAAUAAGAAAAGUUAUUCAUCAUAUGCUUUACAACCAGAUCUUUACCCACUGCACCCAAUGCAUGAAGGGAAACAUCAUCUGAAGGUACAAUGCAAUUACAAUACUGUUUUGAAACAAUGAACAAGUCGUGCGAAAAGAAUAACUGGUCAAACAGCAUAAGGAUUCCUAUGUAUGUGUUCAUGGUAAGCACCAUUUUGGCCACAUUGGCUGGAAAUCUUGCUGUGAUCAUCUCUAUAGCUCAUUUCAAGCAGCUUCACUCACCAACAAAUUACCUGAUCCUUUCUAUGGCUACCGUGGACUUUCUAUUGGGAUGCCUUGUUAUGCCAUAUAGUAUGGUGAGAUCAGUGGAGAACUGCUGGUAUUUUGGAGAAAUCUUCUGUAAAAUCCAUACAGGAACAGACAUAAUGCUCAGUACAGCUUCCAUAUUUCAUCUCUCAUUUAUCUCUGUAGAUAGAUAUUACGCAGUAUGUGACCCACUGAGAUAUAAGACAAGAAUAAAUCUUUUUACAGUACUUGCAAUGAUCGCUACCAGUUGGGUGGUACCUGCUAUUUUUGCCUUUGGUAUGAUCUUUCUUGAGCUUAAUAUAAAGGGUGCGGAAUCCUAUUUCUACAAUGAGGUCAGCUGUGUUGGAGGGUGCUUUGUGUUUUUUAGUGAAACAUCUGGGGUAGUAGCCUCCAUGUUGUCCUUUUUUAUUCCUGGAUUUAUUAUGAUCUGUGUUUAUGGAAAAAUAUACAUCAUUGCCAGGAGACAAGCAAGGUCAAUAAAAGAUGCUACGAAUCAGACCCAAUUCCAGAUCGCUCUCGAAGAAGCACAACAAGGAUCCCGAUGCAGAGAGAGGAAAGCGGCCAAAACCCUGGGAACAAUCAUGGGAGUUUUCCUUAUUUGUUGGUCGCCCUUCUUUUUCUCCACAGCUACCGAUCCAUUUAUGAACUAUGGUAUUCCACCUAUUGUCAUCGACGCAUUUGUAUGGAUUGGAUAUUUAAAUUCAACCUUCAACCCAUUGGUCUAUGCUUUCUUCUAUUUGUGGUUCCGGAGAGCUUUAAAAAUGAUCUUGUUUGGAAAAGUUUUUCAUGUUGAUUCUUCUAGAACGAUUUUAUAUUAUGAGUAAUUUAUCAAAACCUUUAGGAAAAAAAAAGAAAGAAUGAACGCUGAAACAAUUGCAUGUGACUGAAAAGGCAUAUCGGGGGAAAAUAAAAAGACAAACAAAACCUUAGCAAUAUUGUAUCACAAAGUACUCUACUUCGAAAAUACCCUUUUUUUUUUUUGUACUACUGCUGGUAUCUUGAGAGAAGGAUCAACUUUAAUAAAUUAUUUUAGUAUUUUGGUGUAAAGGAAAAUUGGAUGCAUUCCUCAAACUCAUGUUGCUCUUUUAGUCACUGGAUUUGAACACGUAGAAUGGUAGAGCUUUUCAAAGUUUUCUUCUAUGGAACUUGUAUGCAGAGUGACUAUAUUCUAUUAGCUGAACCAGCAUCUCCUCUAAAAGAAUCACCCAUCUGCACAGAGCAAGGUACUGGUUGGCUAGAAAGCUGCCUCCGAUACAGCUGAGGGUGGGAAAUUACUGACUCUUAUCAGAGAGAUUAACUGUGUGUAUAGACUUAUUGCUACAUGCAAAAAGAAAGUAUAAACAUUUGCUUUCCGCCAGAAGGAAUAAAACUGUCUCGUACUACUCUGGAGAAAGUUAAUGAGAAAAAUAAAAACAAAUUAAGGAUACAAAUAAAGGAAGAUAAUUGUAUAAUUGAAUAAUUGAAUAAUUGUAAUGCUGUUUAUUA